CUUCCGGCUUCCGGUAUUAAUGGCGUUCGAUUGAAAACGAGCGGACAAGCGCCUGCUAGCGAUGGAUGCCUCCCGGCGAGGCAUUUACGACGCUGCCCUCAUGGGCAUCUUGUCAAACGAAGGCCAGAUAUAUCCGUUCCUCGACGCCAUCUUCGAUUUCCUCUACCGCCGCACCGAUUUCUACCGCAUCAAGUCCUCCCCGUCUGACAAACUUGGAUUUUCUCCUGGUGUCGCAAGGAGUAUCGUUAGAGCUGCUUUCGAGUCGUACAACAAGCUCGCAGAUGAAGCACAAAAGAAGAAAGACGCUGCUGCGCCAGUCGUUGCACAACCCGAAGAGCCGGUUCCAAUCGCAGCCGAAGUGGAAGUCGAGACCACCACCUCGGACGAUACGAUUGACUCGACGACGAGCGAAAGUGUGGCAGCCGAACCGGUGAAGACCGUCCCCGCGGCAGCAAAGUCAAAGUCCCAGUGCUCUCAGAAGGGUGAUGCCAACAGCGUUGAGCCCACGAAAGACGACAAAGCGGAUGGGCCCAGCGUUAGCACCCCGAAGGCUGGAGAUGAGAACGAUGGCCCCGAAUACGAUCCCGUCCAGGCCAAGUUCCAGAGUCAUCCUGAGAGCUACAAUGGCGCCAUGCGCGACAACUACUGCUGGAGCCAGAGUAUUCACGACCUCGACGUCCGAGUCAAGGCCGGUCCCGACGUGACAACGCGGAACCAGGUCCGCGUGACCAUCAACACCAACCACCUCAAGGUGGAGUUACUGGACCUGGCAACCAAGACAUGGUCGGUGCACGUGGACGACGACUUGCACGCCCGCGUGAAGCUCGACGAGUGCAUCUGGACUCUUGUGCCCGGAGACCACGUACUGGUGAAUCUGGAGAAAGCUACCGAGUUGUGGUGGGAGCGGCUGCUCGUGAAUGAGCCCAAGAUCAACAUCCGUGCCAUCGACCCGACCAAGCCCUUCGAGGAUCUGGACCCAGAGUCCCAGGCCAAGAUCCAGGAGCUGACUUACAACAGCCUCCUCAAGCAGGCCGGACGCAAGACGCCCCAGGAAGAGAAAGUGGAGAACCUGCUCCGCGAGGCUUGGGACAAGGACGGGUCGCCGUUCAAGGGGCAGCCCUUUGACCCCAGCAUCGUGAACAUGAGUGGCGUCAACAGUGAGAUGUGACACACUUCAUCUUCACCACAUCUUUUGGUUCUUGUCUUGGCCUGGAACACUGCGUGCACAUCGACCGCAAGUGUGUGCUUUGUGUGUGGCACCCGGAGUUGGCUGAAUGUGUCACAGUGAAGUGUCUUUUGCGUGCGAACUCUGAUGGCCUCUGCUCAUCAAGAACUGGCCUUUGUCCUCUUGCGACAAGAACAGUCUCUGUGACCUGUGCGGGGUGCUCCUGAACUCAGUGGGGUGGCAGAACUGCACCUGCUGGACUCUCGCCAGCAGAAAAAAAAAAAAAGACGACUUUGAGAAGACUUGCGUCGGCUACGUAGUAGCCUUGUAAACACAGCAGAUUGUCUGCUACAGUUCUUUCAUCUCAGCAGUGUACAGUCUAUGCAAUUAGGGCAUCGGAACGAAUGCCUCCUGGCAACUGCUACUAGUCCUCGCAGUGAAGAGCAACAGAUCUCGUGCUUAAUAUACAAAAUUUUCGUCAUUCUCAGACACUAAGCUUCAUCAGAGUUGGAGGUUCACCCAUUAAAGUGUUUUAGCAAGCU